AUCAGGGUGAUUAAGCGAUGAGAGAUUUUUCAUUUUUGGAUGAACUAUCCCUUUAACAUAUUGGAAGUGUGUCUUUUUUGUGAGGAAAGUACUCAACACAAAGUUUUGGCUGUUGUUUGAACAAAGAGAUAUCGCUUUUCAAUGGUUGUGCAUAAUUACUUAUUUCCGACUAUAUAAUUAAGCUAUAUUAUUAAGUGUGACUGCGCCAAACUGAGUGAUCAAACCGUCUUCACCUGUGCAAAGCAACAUUCAGGCUCAUCCUCCUCCCCUUCCACUAAAUGUUGAUGUUUAAAAAUGAGCAGAGCUCAUUCUGUCACUACAUGAAUUAAUUCUACAAGACUGGAUUAGAAUACACCAGCAUCAUGUAAAUGCAAUUUCAUGACGAUCACAUUUGUAACACAAUAGCUCACUCCUGAUAACCAUUUUAUAACUUUAUUUUCUGUGUAGAGAGCAGCACUUUCUGCAGCUGAAACACUGCUGGUGUAAAAGCACACGCUGUUUGCAGUGAAAUUGUCGUGACACACUGCUUCGAUUCGGCUCACGUACUGCUUCGGCGUGCAGUGUAAAACAGGUGUCAAAACCUAGUGUGCCACCUACAUAGGCAACAAUUUUUGGCGUGAUAGACUAGCGCAUAUUACAAAGGAUGUCUAGGUAGGCAGCUCGUUAGAGUUUGGGACACAGCCGUUAUGUUUUGGUGAAGGUUUCUGGUGAAGAAAUUGUAGCCUACUUGUCAUAUUUAACCACAAAUCAAUACUAAAAUAUUAAACUAUAUUUUACAUAAGGAAAAUGAAGCGUACAUUUAGGAUCAUUAAGAUUUUUUUGCAUUGUUGUGUGACAUUAUUUUCUGAUCACUUGAGCUAAUUUUACCCCCAAUUUACAUUACUGUAACAGUCAUUUUGUACUGCAUUGAUUUUUCCUUUUUAAAUGCAGUAAUUUAAAAAAUGUUUCACAUUGAGGUAAUGAGAAUAUCAUAAUUACUAUCUUCGUAUUGUGGUAGUGAGUCAUUUUUAGUGACCCUUUGAGGUCACUGUAAUUUUUUUCUUAUCUCAGUUCUUGUGCUGAAAACCCUAAUAAGUUGACUCUACUCAAUUGAUUGAGUCAACUUGAUCCCUCAAUUAAACUGAGUAAUGGCGUCUACAAAACCUUUUUAAUUAAGAUUACUCGACCCUCUACGGACAUGAAUCGCCAUUGGCUAGUAAAUUUUAGUUUUUACUCGCCAGACUUUUAACAACAUGUAAGCGUAAUGCAACUGAAAACCGAGAAGGGGGCAACAUAUAUAAUCUACAGUAUGUAGUCAAAUAUUAUACACACACACUGGCGGCCAAAAGUUUGGAAUAAUGUACAGAUUUUGCUGUUUCGGAAGGAAAUUGGUAUUUUAAUUCACCAAAGUGGCAUUCAACUGAUCUGUCACAGAUUGGAUGGCCCUCUUCUUCGCAGCACCCAUUAUGCCCAACAGGUAAAGGGCUCUGCAGAGUGAGCAUCCUGCAAAGCCCCUACAGCCUACUUCAGUUGGCUCACAGUGUGUCCUCCAGCCUCCGGCCCGGCACGUCUCCUCCAGUUCCUGGUAUUUUGCGCGCUUCCUCUCGUUGGCCUCUUCAAUGCACUCUUCACAGGUGUUUCAGCAUGACCAUUUGCUUGUUGGACUCAGAGAUGAUGAUCAUGUCUGUCCGGAGUGAUGUUGAUACGAUGUGCUCAGGAAACUUUAGCUGCUUACCCAGAUCGACUUUGAACUGCCAGUCAGAGGCUGUGUGGAGGAGACCUGACCUUGACUUUGUUUGUAGAUGGGGUUUCUUACCAGCUUUGAUGAAGGUGAUGGACUUCUUUGGGGCAUGAUUGUGUUUGCCGGUGGCCAAUGGAAGCGGCAAUGCUCUCUGCAACUGCCUUGAGCACCUGGUCGUGGCACCAAUGAUAGCGACCUUCCCCAAGGGCUUUUGGGCAGCUGCUGAGGAGAUGCUCCAGAGAACCCCUUCCAGGACAAUGAGGGCAGGAGGGUGUCUCACUUUUUACCCAGAUGUGAAGGUUGGGUGUCAUAAACCGUCUGAACAAGGAACCGGACACGAUGGAAGUCUGCCAGCAUGAUGUUAGCCCAGGUAAUCCUGUGUUGCAGUAUGCUUUCCCACCUUGUUCAUGCCCCCUGCUGCCGGAGCCCCACCAUCCUGCUUGCAUCUUCCAUCACGCCUGCUCGGAAUUCUUCCUGGAUUAAAAAUUGUUGCUCUUUGCCUUUGGUCUUUCUGACCUGCCUCUUUGGAAAGUAUCCCAAACCCAUUCUGCCUGUUGCCACUGUCCCCACCAGAGCCCUUUGCCUCAGACGUGACUCUGCCACCUCCUCUUCUUCCUCCACUCUCCAUUUUCUGCCAGUUCUCACCUCAAUACCAGCCGAUGACACUUUGUGGUCACUGGAGUCCCUCUACUGCAGAGCUUCUCUUAAUUCGGUAUGAAGGAUGACCUACGGAAGAUGGAGAUUGUGGGUAUGUCAAGCCGAGAGCUAUAUGUCAAACGUGUGAACCCGCAGGUGAAGUCGGGACGCUUUAUGAAGCUCCUCCCUGAUUAUGAGCAUAUGGACUAUCGGGACGUGUACACACACUUGCUACAUCCAUAUAGACACAUCCUUGGUCUCUGGCAGCCUGACAUAGGGCCCUAUGGAGGACUACUGAAUGUGGUGGCUGAUGGGCUAUUCAUUAUAGGCUGGAUGUAUUUACCUCCCCAUGAUCCCCGUGUUGAGGACCCCAUGCGCAGACGGCCUCUUUUCCGCAUUCAUAUGUGGGAGAAAAAUAAAGCUACAGUAGAAUGUAUGUAUGGCCAUAAGGGCCCUCAUAAAGGAGACAUUCAGACUGUGAAGCUGGAUGAAUUUUCCACCAAAUGCAACCAGACAGAUCACCAUCGUAUGCCUGGAGGAAGGCAAGAGGAGUUCAGAACAUGGUUGGAGGAGGAAUGGGGAAGAACAUUAGAGGACAUUUUCCAUGAGCACAUGCAGGAAUUGAUCCUCAUGAAGUUUAUUUACACCAGCCAGUAUGAUAAUUGCCUCACAUACCGGCGGAUAUAUCUGCCCCCGUGCCUCCCUUCAGACCUCAUACAGCCUGGCCUCUUUAAAGGGACGUAUGGCAGUCAUGGCCUGGAGAUUAUAAUGCUGAGCUUCCAUGGCUCCAAGGCCAAAGCUACCAAACUUACUGGUGAUCCCAAUGUCCCAGCAGGCCAGUUGACAGUAGAAAUAGACCUGAACCGUCCUGUGCAUCUGCCUGACCUGGAGCAGCAGAGGAACAUGGAAGAACUGUCUCGCCUGGUGCUGGGGGAGCAUGAGGAGGCCCAUAGGGGCUCGCAGGCCCGGGAUGCCCCAUCAGAAGGUUCAGAAGCAGGCCCUUCUCAGGGGGCAGAGGGCUCAGAUGUAGCUCCCCCUACUGGAGCAGAGGGUGUUGAGCCUGGAGCUGGUGCCUGCAGUGCACCAUCUGAAGUGCAACCUUUUGUGCUGCCUCUGGGAGUCAUGGCCCGCAAUGAAGUGUACCCUCGCACCUGUAAGAUGUGUUUUUAUGGGACAGGCUUGAUCGCCGGCCAUGGUUUUACGAGUCCAGAGCGCACGCCGGGUCUGUUCGUUCUGUUUGAUGAUGACCGUUUCGGCUUCAUCUGGCUGGAGCUUAAGUCAUUCAGUCUGUAUAGCCGACUGACAGACCAGCUAUCCCACGCACAGGCCCCCAGCAUGGAGCGCUUCGAGUCCAUGCUCUGCAACAUGCAGUCCUGGACAUCCUGAUAGCAACCUCACUCUAUUGUACUCCACUGUUCUCAUCAGGCGCACACUCUGGGAUUCAGAUUACUGUUGAUGCACACAUACACACAUUAGGGAUGGGCAUUUUAGUCACUUUGUGUACUUGAGUCCUCAGAAAAUAGAUUAAGUGGCAUCUCUCUGCUCUUCAUGCAGAUUACCUAAUUAUCUAAACUUUAAAGUUAAAAUUUCAAUUGAAGGAAAAGUUACUGAGCCAAGUUAAUGAAACCAUUAGCAUUGAUUGCCAUUAGGAUUGAUUUUUUUGUAAUACAUAACCAAUUAUGAAAUCAAAAAAUGAGACUGUUUUUGACACGUUUGCGUAGAAUUAAAAAUUCAGUAAAAAGUCUUCUUACGCAUGAUCUUGAUCGAUAAUUUUUUAAUGAGUAUUUGAGUACUUGUGCCCAUCCCUAACACACUUUCACACACACUCCUGCUUGCAUCAGCACAGGUAUAUUUACAGUGGCAUGCCCAUACAGGUUGUAUUAUAUUAAGCCUUUCUUAUCAGCUUUUUAAUUAAUUUAUUUUUGUAACCUCAAAAUGGUGAAGACAAUGACAUGAAAAUUCACCCAUGUACUCUGGAGAAAGUUGAGCGUGCCUCCGAGUCAUUAGCGAGAUAUUUGAUCCGAGACUUCUAUACAAAAUUUGGUGGUUUUGUACUUUAGACAUAAUUUAGAUCCAAGUUUGCAGCGUUUGUCCUCAACAUGGCUUGCAGUUACUGGAAAAACGGUCUGCAUUCAGGAUCGAACUGAGAUUGCGUUUUAGAUUCCAAUUCAAUUCCUAAUUUUGAAUUAAAUUUGAGUUUAGGCAGCAAACAGGAUCAUAUUAAUAGCCAAUUUCUGAGAUGCCACCAAAAUAAAUUUGUGUUUAUAAAUACAGCAUUUCAUUAUAUUUUAUAAAUUAACUUUCAUUUUAUGGACUAUGGUGUAAGAGCAAUUAAUUUAUCUUCAAAAUACAGCCAAACAACAGGUUUACAAGAUGGAAACCUUAGCAGAACACCUAGAAAAUUAUCUGUUCUUGCCCAUUUUGUUGUUCUGUUGGACUAAUGAAAUUCCUGCUGCAUGAUUGUUAAAUUUCCUUGAAUUGCGAUUCAAAUUCCAAUUCAUCAUAAUGGGGCCAUGGCAAUUCAAAUUAAAAAUCAUGAAUUGAAAUUGAGCCAGUUCUUAAAUUCUGAAUUUUGCCCAAACCUGGUCUGCAGUAGCUUGUAAUCAAUGUUAUCUAAUUUAUUUAUAAUUUUUCUUCUUCUGAACAUUAUUUGUAAAAUACAGAAUUUAUUCGGCCAACAUUAUGGCAUUAAAGUGCUCUUCCAUU